CCGACUACAUUCACCAUGAUUUCCGAUGUUCAGCUGGCCGUAUUCUGCAACGUUCUAGGCGUGUUUCUCUUCCUGCUGGUCGUUGCAUUCCAUUACAUAAACGCCAACAUGGGAAGCAUGCGAGGCGGCCCAGGAUCGAGACAUAAAUGAGGCAUUCCUAUCUAAUCCUGCACCACAACUAC